GAAAGUCUUAAAGCUGUCGCCGGUCUUCCUUUUUUUCCCUACUCCGCGGCCCCGACUGCUUGUCCCACACUUCUGUCGUAUACCUGUACAUAUUCCUCGAAACCACCGUAACCGAUUGUCAGACGCUCUCCCCCAAUCCCGCGACUCUCCGGUCCCGUGUCCAGCAGCUUCACGCUUCCUCUACCUUCCCCUUGAUGCGACUCUUGCAGCACAUGAAGUGCCCCGUCAUGGCACUCGUGCCUUGCAACUAGACCGUCCCUUCGUCUCCCCGAACCCGCCCACUCACCAUGCUUGACUGGAAAUCCUGCGUCCUCGAGUCUGCCGACUCCAGUCCUAGUCCCUCCACUACUACACGCACCGACUCGACCAAGAACGCACCUUCCCCCGCAAUGCACCCCCCAGAGACCCACGCUCCGCGCAAGUUCGCCCCAAAUGCUUCCUUGGUGCUCGUCGGUAUUCGCGGCUGCGGCAAGCGCUCGCUAGGCUUUGUCGCAGCAACGGCCUUGAAGCGACGCUUCAUCACGGAAGACCACUACUUUAAAGAAAUCACCGGCAUUUCGAGGCAGCAAUAUUUGAAGACACACGGUAGCCAGGAGUUCCAACGCCGGGACAUUGAGGUUUUGAAACUGAUGCUUGACAACCAUCAGACGGGCUGCGUGGUGGAAUGUGGAUUGGGAAGUCUUACACGGCCGGUUCAGGAUCAUCUGCGGCGCAUCGUCAAGACGAACCCCGUAGUCCACAUCAUUCGAGACAUUGAUCGCAUUCAAGAACUCCUGGGUCUAGACGACCAAUCUGUGCGCCUCCUGCGCGAAGGAGACCCGCUACAUCGCACUUGCUCCAAUUUUGAAUUUUACAAUGUCGAGGAUCGCACGCGGAUUAUCGCAGACGACGGUACUCCCGACCCUCGCUCGGCAGCAUACUCGUUCAAACUACAAGAAGUGAAGGAAGACCUCACCCGGUUCGUUCGCUUUGUCACCGGAGUCGAUGUGAAUCAUUCGAGCUAUGAUUCGCCCUUUGUGUUAUUAGAAACACCCCCGGAGCUGCGGUCUUUUGCCCACGCCAUUUUCGUGCGAUCUUCGGAUCUCAUCGCCGACAAUGUCAAUCUUCCCGAGCUGGAGUCUGGUGGAGAUGCCAUUGAGCUUUGUGUCGAUCGCUGGGGUUCCGAAAUGCCCAAUGUGAUUAGCCAACAAGUGUCCGUGCUUCGUCGUAACGCGCGGACUCCGAUUAUUCUUUCCGUGGACACUUCAUCCCUCACGGCUGAGAAAGGCCGAGAUCUGGCUGCAUCAUAUCUCGAUAUUUUGGAACAUGCUCUGCGCUUAGGAGUAGAAUACCUGGUGGUCAACCUUGGCCAGAACCGGUCGCAAUUGUCCCAGAUCAUCUGUGCUCGGGGCAAUACCAAGGUCAUUGGACAGCAUAUCUUUGAAGCAUCAUCCCGUGUGAAAUGGGAGGAUGAAGGUUGCGUGUCUUUGUAUAACGAAGCCGAAAAACUUGGAUGCCAGCUCGUACGACUUCUCCGAGUGGCCACGUCCAGGGAGGAAAAUGCGAGUGUGCUAGAGUUCGCCAACAAGAUCCGGUCUAUGCCAGGAGCCCACCCACCUCUGAUUGCCUACAAUAUUGGCCGUCUGGGACGAACGUCACAGGUCUUCAACUCGAUUCUGACCAGCGUGACACACCCUGCAAUUACUCGCGAAACGGAGAAUGAGCGUGAUCCGCAAAUCACUUCGCGCGAUGCCGUCCAGGCCCUCGUCCAGAGCUACGUGCUCGACCCAUUGAAAUUCUGUAUCCUUGGUGCGAGCGUCGCGUACAGUUUAUCUCCGGCUAUGCACAACGCUGCUAUUCAGCACUGCGGUCUAGGCCACGUCUAUCGAAUCCCCGAUUCUCCUUCUCUAGCCGUAUUGGACGAGCUACGCAAAGAUCCCAACUUUGGCGGAUCUAGUGUCGUUCAACCAUGGCGUGUGGAGCUAUACCAUAAAUUGGCUGCGAAGAGCCGACACGCCGAGGCUAUUGGGGCUAUCAACACAAUCAUGCCCUUGCGAGGGACGGCUGAUGGCAGGAUAUACCCUCUCCAAGAACAAGCCAGUCGACGCAACCAGGCAGGCCCUGUGUUAGGUUGGUAUGGUGAGAACACGGACUGGGUGGGUAUGAUGACCUGCAUGACUCGUCAUUUGUCACCCCGUAAUGCGAUCAGUGCCAAGACGACCGGCCUCAUCAUUGGAGCCGGUGGAAUGGCGCGGUCAGCCAUCUAUGCCAUGCUCCGCUUGGGCUGUCGCAAAAUCUUCAUCUACAACCGGACGCAAUCGCGAGCGGAAGAAGUCGCACGUCACUUCAACUCCUGGGCAGCAGCUCAGGUUGAUUCCGAAGAGGUGGUGCGAGUACUACGAUCCCUUCAGGACGACUGGCCUGAUGACGCCAGCCCCCCUAGCCUGAUUGUAUCUUGUGUGCCCGCCGAUCCCGACGGAGACCAACCCCCCGCCAACUUUGAGAUGCCAAUGCAAUGGCUCGGCAGUCCAACCGGGGGCGUAGUAUUAGAGUUGGCCUACAAACCUCUGGACACACCCCUUCUCAAACAAAUGCGUCGCAUCCGAAGUGACAACGGCCGACCUUGGGUUUUAUCGGACGGUCUAGAAAACGUGAUCGAGCAAGGCAUUGCACAAUUCGAAUUGAUGACCGGCCGCAAAGCACCCCGACGCCUGAUGACCCUAGAGGUCCUCCGGAAUUAUGUGGGUGAGAGCGGACAUUUCGACGAAAAGACGAUACAGGCCCGAUUGGAUGGGAUUUGUUCCUAGAGGACUGGCGUAAGCAGAUAGAUUGAGCGAUCUUCGAGGGUACACCGGGCGUUUAGAUUAAUGUGGCAAAUAUUAGGGAUGCGAAUCCCAUUCUAUAUCAAUUCAUCCUAUUGUACAAAGGCCCGGUAUUGGAUACAGGGUAUGCUUUCCAUCUAUAUGCAAAGAGAGAACACCCCAAAAGAAACGUAUUAAUACAUAACAUGCGGUUCGAGAUCCUCAUUCUGUAAACUCAACAACUUCGAACCAUGGAUAUCAAAGGCCAUGCGACACGCUGCGUUAUAGAAAGAGUGGAAUUCCGUCUCCAGCGAGGGUUGAGACUGAUCACCAUCCAUUCCCUGAGUGGAGAUGCUGGGGAUGCGCAUGUCGAGGGAUACGUCGAUGGUACGAGCGGGCAGGAACGGCCCGGUCUCGGAGUAACUGUAGCGGAGUUGUCGAUCGCCGAGUUCGUAGAGCUGGAGAGCAGAGCCGCGCGGGUUUUGAAUGGGUGGUAACAUGUACUCCGCCGUGAUCGAGGGGCUACCGCCAGUUGAUGCUCCAGGCUGGACGAAGUUGCUGGGAAGUAAGACUUGACAGAAUACCGGCAAUGGCGUCGAGUCAUGCGAUGUCACGGCAGAGCCAAUGAUACUACGCAGGGAGGAUUCGAUGUUCCUGACGAAAUCUAGGUACUCGACCGAUUCCUCAAGGGCAUCUCCUGAAAGCUCGUGAUAGACUGUGCGAGUAAACCGGAGAUCGAGGCCGUUCUCCGGCAAGAGAUAAUCAACGGCGGUUGAACCCCGGAUAAACUUGAUGCUUUGCACAUUGAACGAGUCUUCGGGAUUUAGCAGAGAUUUUCCGAGUUUGGAAGCAAUCUUGAUAUCGAGAGUCGGGGCAAGGCUGGCAUAUGCAGCGGACGGAGUCAAUCGAAUGUUGUGAACUUGCGCUCCGACCACCGGGGUGAUGGGCCGGAGGGAGGCCAGGAAAUUGAUAAUUCGAGGGAUGUCAGUGGAGAAAGUUCUCGGAAGAGAUAGCUUUCCCAGCUGCGAAGGGGUGAUGGUCGAAUUUUCAAGUGAGGGUUUCUGAGUGAAGAGGCAGCGGCCUACGGCAGCAGUCACCGACUCGUGCGCUUUCAAACCACCUCCGAGACUCGGAGUUGGAACAGGUGUCUGACGAAGAAGGUUCAACAAAUGGUCUGAAAGUCGAGUCUGGUGACCAUCAAAGAGAGGAGUGGGAUUGUUUUCAGUCUCCGUAGACUGUGUAGAGUGCAUGGCCCAUCGGAACCAUUUCUUUUGUCGAUCGAGCCACGACACACUGCCCUCUGGAUUGUAGUUGUAUAUGUUUGCAGGCUCCGAAGCAGGGAAAUAGGUGGAGAAGGGUACCGAUGCAGGAGUCACCUCGUGGAGUGCGAGAUUGAGGAUCCUGCGCGCAUUGUUUGCACCAUCUUUGUUCUCUGCAAGGUACAAGAUCUUUUCGGGAACUUGCGAGCUACCAUUUUCCAAAGCCACGCCAUAUGUCUUGCUGAUCCAUUCCAAUAAGGUCGGGGGGUAUAUUUGAUUCAAGUCCGGGCGUGAUGUGAGUGUGUCUAGACCGGUCGGCUCCUCUCGAAUUCUGGCUAUAGCAUCAAGGACGAUUUCGCACAUCGACUCGCAAGCAUUCUGGCGGCCAGUGAUCCUCACCAAGCCAAGGGAGCUGGUGAUGUCAAUACUGGAUUGGUGCAUAGUGGCCACUUCGUCGAAGGAAAAGUGCUUUGCGUUGAGCAGCAACCCGAUGAGAGCAGGCGACAGACGGAGGUCCAACUGGCCAACCUCGUCGGCGAUCGAUAAUUGCCAGCAAUCACGAAGUAUCCGCUCUGCCAGCAAAGCUUUACCCUUCAAGUCUUGCGAUGUAGCCACUCGAUUCGUAACCCCCGUGUGUAGCUCCGGAUUGGCGUGCAAAAAAGCGGAUGUACCAGGCCUCCAUCUUCCUGCAGUUCCGUCGCCCUUGGACUCGUACCGUUCAUGCUCUUCGAUGUACUCCGACAAUUGGGCGUAGGUGAAUGAUGAAGCUAAGCUGUUUCGUACAGCCUCCCAUUCGCUCUCAUUCAUUUUUGCGUUCAGCCCUUCGGAGGCUUUGUGACUCUCGAUGCGUUCAUGAAUAGCACUCGGAGUUAAAGGCGCGUAUUCUGCUUCCAAAUCUUCCAGCAUUGAGCUCAGUGUGACCGUCUGCGUCUCCGUCUGCGUCCGCGCAUCCUCCCUAUUCUGCAUGUCACGCAACCUAUCCUUUAAGGUUCGAGGGCGCUUCGUCGGCACGACCACAAUCUCUCCGGGUUUUCCAAGUGAGUCCACAUUGAGAGGCAGCCUUUUAGGUUUUGGAUCUCUCCCUGAACGGCGGCGACGACGGGGGGCACGUUCGUUCGAUUCGUCGGGGGAAGGGAAUGGUUUAUCGGAGUCGGAGCUUGAGCUUUGGAAUCGUAUGUUGACGCUGUUACACCAUGGGGUGCAUGAUGAGAUAAAAGGUCGCGGGAGAGCUGAAGAGGACCAGCUCCCCAGUGCACUCCGAGGAUGGCGCCGCAUGAUGACCGCUGAACAGGAAACGCAUCGU